UAUCAAGGUCAUCUAGAGUUUCCUAAUAGUAGGAAUCAUGUAUUAACUACCAGGCUACAAGAAGACAAUACAGUAAUGAAUAGACAGAAUAUUAAAGAAGCACACUAUUUCAUUCAAUAUUCCUCAAUAUUCCUCAAUAUCUCUCUUCACUAUUUCACUGCUGGUUUGCUCGGUUUGCUUGUCAUGGCUCUUACCCGAUCUGGACACUGACAAACGACCCUCACCGUCUCGUUUCCCCUCCCGACCUCCUUCUGAGUUUUCUUCCCUGUCGUCUGCUUGAUGGAUGCUAAGACUGCAAUAUGGGCCGAUCAGAGCGUCUGAAACUUCUCUUUGCUGGAGAUGAGGCUCUUCUCCAGGUGGACACGCAGCGAAAUAUUGCACCUGUUGUCGGAGACGGAGACAGAGAGAAAGACAAAGACAAACCCACUCUCUCUGAAAAAAUUCCCAACGAAACAGUGACUCAUGUUGCAGAAUCAGACUCUAAUCAGAGCGGAGGGCCCCUAGAAACGGUGAAUCAACAGCAAGGGAAGUGGGAAACAGACCCAGUUCUCCAUCCCGAACAGCUCCCUGUUGAAAAUGCUUUCUCGCCGCUGCUUGCAGUGUCGCGUUUCCCAUACAAAUACAUCCGAGGGGACCUGUCUCAAGCGGUGGCCAAGAAGUUCUUUGAUGGAGGAAAAUUCUGGACGCGAGGCUGGGAUUUAUAUUACAUUCACGUUCCCCCCUCCGUGGGAUAUCGUCCACUGCUUUUAGUACCUACUUCGCAGGCAGAACGUUUUCUUACCGAGAUUAACGAGGCUCUGGAAUGUGACCUGUCAAUGAGUAAAGAUGGUCGACUCGGCCUGGUUCUCGUUUUCUCAAACAACAAUGCCCCGAAACCGACUUACCUUGGCAAAUCCACUAAUAAACAGACCAAGGACGAGUUGGAACAGAGCAUCCCUGAGUCUGUUGAGGUCUACAGUCAAGAUGGCUAUCCUGUCGACUGUGAAAAAGACCAGAGAGCUCUAUUCGAUGACUUCUGCAAGAUGAUUGAAGCAGGCGUCGACGCCACAAAGAACAAGAAGGCGAGCAAAGCGAGAAAGCAAGAAUUCCGCCUUCAGUUCCAGCACGGCUGGGCCCGUUGUCUACGCCGCACACAAUGCUACUUUGGCCUUCGUCCCCGCUGUUCCCGCGAUGAGCUUGGAGCUCACCACUCAAGCAAUGAGCCGCUGCCGCCCCUAAACGUCAGGGAACUUGUUACCUUGCCGUUCUGGAACGAGCCCAUCUUCAUCAGCAUUGAUGUCGAGUCUAAUGAGUUCUGCCAUAGCCAGAUCACGGAAAUUGGCAUUUCGAUUCUCGACACUCUUGACCUCGUGGACAAAGCGCCUGGGGGGAAUGCGCAGAAUUGGGUCUCGCAGAUCCGCUCGCGCCAUUUCAGAACAAAGGAGUACGCGGGUGUCGUCAACAUGCGGUUUGUCAACGGCUGUCCAGACAAGUUCCAAUUCGGGGAGAGCGAAUGGGUUUCCCUUGCUGAUCUUCCCACUGUCGUGGACUCGUGUUUCCAGCCCCCCUAUUCUUCUCGUCCAGACAGCCACAAAUUGACGGAACGUAACCUGAUCUGUGUCGGCCACAACACAACCAGUGAUAUCACCUAUCUGCGCAAUCUGGGCACUCGCACAUUUAAAAAUGAUCCACCCACUCCUGGUGACGGGGAGAGACGCUUCCUCGACUGUCUGGACACGGCGGAGCUGUUCCGUACUCUGCGAAACGAGCCCCAGAGCCGCUCACUGGCACACAUCCUGUCCGAGCUGGGCAUGGUCCCCUGGCAUCUGCACAACGCAGGGAAUGACGCGCGAUAUACGAUGGAAGCCCUGGUGCAGAUGAUAGUCCAAUCUGCCGUCUUUCCUGCUGAAGAUCGGAGUGGCGAGUGCAUGGGUGGGGUGGUCCUCGUCGAUGGAGAAGGUGUCACCCUGCAGGAACGUCCUCUUUGCGCAGAUGACAUUGACGGAGGUGAACCUGGAGGUCUAAGGGGGAAGCCGGUGGUCUGAUUAAUAUAGUAUUCUGAAGAUAGCCCACAGAAAUCUCCAUCUCUCCCUCUCCACCAUUCCAUCUCUGCACUCUCUGCUAUAUCAACCUCAGGCCCACCUAAAUGAGAAGCAUAGUAUAAGUAAUUACUAUACUCCGUACGUGACGAGUUUGA